AUGCUUUUCCUGAUGAGUGUGCACCCAGUGCAUCACUUGUACCUGUACUGGAGCACAUACAAGUUCUUCAACGUUUCCGAAAUCUCAAACGUCAUGACUUUCAAAGGAUUUCAGGCGAUUAUGAACAGCCUUCAUCUCAAUAACAACGAACUUGAGAAGAAGCGCGGAGAAGACGGCUUUGAUAAGCUGGCAACAAAAGUGAGGCCCCUCGUCACUGCCUUGAGCGAAAGGUUCCUGAGAGAAUAUGCGCCGUCAACGCAUCAGUCCAUCGACGAGAGUAUGAUACCGUUCAAAGGACGGUCUUCACUAAAACAGUACAUGCCAAUGAAACCGAUCAAACGAGGCUAA